AUGGAUUUCCGAUAUUCCGGACCCGACUGCCGUGGUACCAAUCCCAAAUUCCACGCCGGCAUCGAUUUCGUGGCGAAAAUGACUGACGAUCCCAAAACGUCGGAGCCGCAGGAAUGGCGGUGGUGGGGUUCGGUCUGUCAUCGGAACCCUUACGACUCCUGUCGCUCUGGCCGGGGAAUCUGUUGCACGAUGUCGGGCGUGCCGACUAUUUGCCGCGUGGGCGCCAUGGGAUGGCUGCUCGCCUGCCAACAAGCCUACGUGGAAACCAUCGACCUGCUAUAUUCGAACAUCUUUCACGUCGAGAGCACCGUGUUAUUGCGCUUUUUCCCUCAGUUGGUUCCCGCGGCCUCGCUUGUCUCGAGUGACCGGCCUUCUACUGGAUUUGACCCUCGAGCUGUUCGACGACCGCCUGGUCGGGACGGCCCGAGAUCGCAUCGAAGGUUGGCCCGCUUUCGACCAAAUCACGUCGGUCCUAGGAUCGGGGAUGUUUGGUGA